AGCAGAGAGGACUAGAACUGUCACCUCUGAUGAGCACUGAUUGAGUGGAAACUCCCAUCUAGCUCGGCAGUUACAAUUGCCUGUAUGAACUUUUGUUGUUUCAUCUCAGAGGUGUCACAGCUAGAAAAAUGUAGCCUGACAUCCACGGGGAGGUAAUGGGGUGCACUAACCCUAAGAAGCUGGAGAAGAUUACGGGGAACUGAGUUGCCGGUCCUUCAGGAGGGCAUUGCAGUAAUGUGUCUGGGCAUGGUUUACGAGUUCCCAACUUUGGAAAAGUUUUCCUUGUUGAACCAAUGGCGGAGGGGAGGUCAGGACAACACAGCCUGGCUGGGAGGGGUUAUCUACAUCCUUCUCUCUGGUCCCAAACCAUGAAUAUUGUGGGGCAGUUGGCAGAGACCGUGUUUGUGACAGUGAAGGAGCUGUACCGCGGUCUUAACCCUGCCACUCUCACCGGAGGGAUCGACGUCAUCGUUGUCCGACAGCCGGAUGGAUCUUUCCAGUGUUCCCCCUUUCACGUCCGCUUUGGGAAGCUUGGCGUUCUGCGCUCCAAGGAGAAAAUAGUCGAUAUUGAAAUAAAUGGAGAACCAGUAGACCUGCACAUGAAGCUUGGGGACAAUGGGGAGGCUUUUUUUGUGGAGGAAAAUGAAAAUAUGUUGGUCCCAGCACAUUUGUGCACCUCCCCAAUUCCUCGUGAGAUGUCCGGGGACAUUGAGGAGACCACCGAAGGGACCCCAAUCAAUGGGUCGAGUGCCCGCAAGAAGAAACGGCGGCGAAAGCGCAUGCGCUCUGAUACCAACCUGAGAGAAGAGGCCAGCUCUUCAUCUGAAGAGAGAGACAGAGAGAGAGAGUCUGAGAGAGAAGGUUAUCUGGCUCAUCUGGACAGUUCUGCAUCAGAGGAUCUGUCCACACCACUGCAAGUGAGUAAAUCCAUGUACUACUCACUGUCUGAGGAGCCAAAAGAGGAGCUGGGGGUCACACCGACUAGAGACUCUCAUCCACACUCAGACGGAGAGCAGUCUCCCUCAGAAAACAGUGUUUUCUGCAGCCGGCCACCUUCUCCAAAGAGUGAUUCUGAGCUCCUAGUUAAAACACAGGAUUCUUCUGGGCCUCAGAUGCAGUGGAACUGGGGAGGCUUUCCCACGGUUUGUCAGCCAGAGAAAACACCGGCAGAAGCGCAGGAUGCGUCUCUUUCUCAUUUCCACACCAUUGAGCGACAGGACUCCUUUGAUAUGGGCUUUGAGCCUGUGAUUAUCUGUGGAAGACAAAGCAGUGUCACCGUGGUGAAACCACAGCCAAGGACAUGUUCGGUUGAUUUUGAUAACUCGUCCCUGCAAACACCUGCUUUACCCCAGGGGAUAGAUUCUCACUUCGCUCAUUCUGCCCACAGUGACCUGUUCAUGUCUUGUGCCUCAUCAGUCGAUGUAGAAUCAACAAAAACCCUUGACUGUACACUAGGAGAGGAGGGACAAAGAGACCUUUCCUCCAAUUUAGAGAGCAAUACUAGCAAAGAAACAAAAGUAUUUGUUCAGUAUAUUAGAUCACAUACUUUUAGCCCUGGAAAUGAAAAUAGUGUGGAUACCGAGGCCAAAACAAACAAAGCACAGAAACAGCUCAUGAAAGACAGUGAUGACUGCACAGCCCCAGAAACAAGUCAGUGUGGUGAAGAACCAUUAGAUCAGCAGGUUGUUUUAUUGGAGCAAAGCGAUCAGGGUUCUACCAGUAGUGUCCAUGUUAGUGAAGGGGACAGUGGGAUAGAUCCGUGUGCUGAGGGAGGAGAAGAGGACAAAGUACCUGCAGCAACUGAUGGAUCAGCAGGAAGCUCACUCACUGAAACAGCUGUAUCAAAACCACCAAUGAAAGACACAGGAGUGACUGUUGUAGAGGGCUCAGCAAAGUCCUCGGAGGCAUCUUCCAAAGUGGAACAACAGGAUAAGAAGAAAGCUAAGCGAAAUCAUCAUCUGGGACCAACUGAUAUCUACUUGGAUGAUCUGACCACACUAGACCCAGAGGUUGCUGCACUUUAUUUCCCUAAAAGUGAGGUGGAGGGAGCAGGUCCGCAGGGCGCUGAGCAGAGCUCUUGCUCAGGUAGCCAGUCCCCUCAGUCGGUGGGCAGCGGAGCGAUGGACAGCGGUACGGAGUACCUGUCAGACUCCACCUGCUACAGCAUGGACGUCAGCAUGUCCCUCUGUGGACAGGAGGGCGACACCAGCCAGAUAACCAAAGAAAAGUUCAUGGAACACCUUGUCACAUACCAGGAUUUUGUCAACAAUCCAGGAAUCAUUGAGGACCCAAGUCUCGUCAUCUGCAUUAACGCCAACUAUUACAACUGGGCAGUGGCUGCUCCGAUGAUCCUGUCAAUGACAGCUUUCCAGAAAAACUUACCAAAGAGUACAGUGGAACGACUGGUGAAGGACAAAAUGCCUAAAAAGUCGGGCCGUUGGUGGUUCUCAUGGAGAAGAAGAGACAUGGACAGUAACCAGCAAAAACAGUCAAAGGAGGAGCAAGAAGAGCCAAUGGCAAGUGUUUCCACCACAGUUAAAGCCACACUUGAUGACAUCGACAGUGACGAAGCGGCGGGGCUUGGCCGAAAAGCCACCAUUACUUCCACUCCAUCCACAGAGGCUGCUAGUGUCACUCAGUCUAUCUGCCAGAUGUACCGGAAAUCCCUACGUCUAACUUCUAAACAGAUAGAGAAUCUGAAUCUGCGUGAAGGAGCCAAUAAAGUGAUGUUCAGUGUAACCACACAAUACCAGGGCACCUGCCGCUGUGAGGCCACCAUCUAUCUGUGGAAAUGGGACGAUCAUGUGAUCAUAUCAGACAUUGAUGGCACCAUCACCAAAUCUGAUGCUCUGGGUCAUAUUCUACCUCAGUUUGGUAAAGACUGGACCCAUAAAGGGAUUGCCAGACUGUACCACAAAAUACACCAAAAUGGUUAUAAGUUCCUGUACUGCUCAGCAAGAGCCAUAGGCAUGGCAGCCAUCACUAAAGACUACUUGCAGUGGGUCAAUGACGAAGGCACGGUCCUCCCUAAAGGCCCUGUGUUGUUGGCUCCCAGCAGCCUCUUUUCAGCACUACACAGAGAGGUGAUUGAGAAGAAGCCGGAAGUGUUUAAGAUUGCUUGUCUCAGUGACAUCAAGGACUUGUUCAACCCAAACAGACAACCUUUCUAUGCAGCUUUCGGCAACAGGACUAACGAUGCUUAUGCCUAUAAGCAGGUUGGAGUGUCUAAGACCAGGAUUUUUACUGUCAACCCGAAAGGAGAGCUUAUCCAGGAGAUGACUAAAGGCAAUAAGUCCUCGUACAGCCACCUCAGUGAGUUGGUGGAGCAUUUCUUCCCCAUGCUCUCUGUUGAGAGCAGCACUUCCUGCAGUGUCGACUGUCCUGAUUACAGCAGCGUCUCCUAUUGGAAGGAUCCCCUGCCAGAACUGGACCUGGAUUCUCUAGUGUAGUUGCUUCCAUACGUCUAUCACAACCCAUUCAUACACAAACAAUACAUGCAAGAACAUGAAUGUUCUCAGAUUACUGCCUCUGUGUUGACCCACCGACUCCAAUGGUCGCCUGUAAACUACCAAAUGAACUAAAGAUUAGAGGUAUGCUCUCUUAGGAACAUGAGAACAAACAGGUACCUCUGGUCAAGAUAAGUUUACAAACCAUCAUAUUUUGAUACUUACAUGUAUGAGUAGAAAAAACACAAUGAACACUGAUGGCCUGGAUUGUGUCUUUGGACUGUAUCGGGUUGUUGUUGCUGUGUGAGCCUUUUACAAACUGGUAGAUUGUAUACAUUUCAGAUGUAAACAUGGACCAUGUACAUAUCCUGGAGAAAUUAAGCCUGAGUAGAAACAUAGCACAUGAUGCCUAAACCCUUUAAAUGCCUAAAUGUUUUGAUUAUUUUGUCUGUUUGAUCUUAAAUGGUAGAAGAUGACUGAACAUUCUUUAAUCAGUGCAGAUCAUGUAUGGUUUUGACCUGCUGUUGAUUUCAGAGGACAUGCUGGAUGUGAAGGGACUUGACAAAAAAGGUGAAAUUCCAACUGAUAUUUUCUCUCAUGUGAGAGGACUGCAGCAUCUCAUCAGCAGUUCCUGCACUGUGAAAACUUAAAACCAUAUUUUUUGUAGUCUGUUUUCUUGACGGUUUACAGAUGUUUGUACACUACAUGAUGGAGGAGGUACAUCACACUAACAAUGAGUUUAAUUCCAGAUGUGCAAGCAGAUGUCUUGUGUUGAUUUAGCGGGUCUGUUUUCUUCACAAUUACCUGUACACCGUUCUGUUGUCUUAUUUUUGCAUGUCUUUCAUUGUCCAGCUUUGAGGACACGCUCAGAAGCUGAACAUUAUAUUUGGUAGAUAUAAAAUUAUUUAAAACUAUGUAUAUGUAACUAUAUACUACUAUAGUAUAGUUAUAUUACUAUAUGUAACUACAUAUAUAUGUGUGUCUGAUAUAUA